UUCCCAAACCGAUGGCGGGAAUGGACUCAGAGAAGCAACUCCUGUCUCUCAUUCGCGACUUCGCUUCCGAAAAUUCUCAUGGAGAGCACGAAAUCGUGAAUCUUAAGAAGCGCAUUGAAGAACUUCGAUCCGAGCUUAUUAAAGCGAAUGUAGAGCUCGAAGAUGCCAAGCUUGGCAAGGAAUCAUCGGAGCAAGAGCUCAAAGGCUACGAAGUCGAAUUAGCUAUGAACAAGGCCUCCAUUCAAACCCUAGAGGCGAGGAUUAAUUCUGUUCAAGAUGAGAUAUCUGCGCUUGGAUCUGAGUUAGAGGCUCUGAGGAACCAAGGAGAUGCCGAAAGCAGAGACGAUUUUAUUGAUAAAAUGCUGGAGCUUAAUGCGCGUAUAAGAAAGUUCCAUGAGUCUGUCGUCUCUGAUCCAAAUAAGGAGGAUUCUUGUGGAACAACAUCAAGCAAAGAAGGAGUCUCUAAAACCGCUGCUGAGGUUGAAAUUGUCCAAAGUGAACUUGAUCAAACAGUCUCCUGCAUCAAAUUGGAGAAACGAGCUUACGAAACUGAACAGAGUGUCCAUAAACUAGUUCAGCAGGAUUUAAGUGGUCUCGAAAGGAAAGCCUCACUGAUGGAGAGUAUUAUGAAAGAGGAUACAGAGUUGAGGGAGUUGACUAGGCAGACAUCUGAAUUGGAAGAGAAAUGUGCUUCGUUUAGAGAUGAGUUGCAGAGGAGGUUUCAAUGUCCCAGUUGUCAACGGGACAAUUCAGAGGCUUUGGAUGUGCUUCUCCAGACAAUCAGAACUUAAAAUCUUGAAA